UUUUGGGGUUGUGUUUCCGCCAGUUAAAAGUUAUUUGUAACACAGCUAAAUACAGCUCGACAAUUAGUUUGCCACAGAGCAAACUAGGCGAUACAAGUUACUCGUCACUGCGCUGGGAAAACAAAACACGGCAAUGGAACGGAUCCCUCAUUGAAAUUAGCUAGAUUUAUCGAAAUAAACCUGGAUUUUCCUUCAUUUACGUUGAUGGAAUACCACCUGGCUAAACAUUCCAGAUGCGGUGACCAAAUUCUCAAUCCAUCAUCGGGCUCUGAUGUAUUUUAAAUUCAAAGUUGCAAAUCUGACAGCUACCAAGAUCUCCUAUUGGCCAAUCCAACUUGAUCAUGGGCGGAGAGGACAUCUUAAAGAUCCUGUAAAGUGGACCUGGAAACGAGUUUUAAGUCCGCCACACCACAGAAUAAUGUGUUAUAAGAUCUUUAAGGCUCCAGAGAGACUCAACCAGAGAUGGGCUCAACCAGAGAGUGGACCAACCAGAGAGAAACAAGCUUCCAGAGACUAGAAACCAGACAGGACCCAGAGAGACCUGACAGAGAACAAAGAGAGGUCUGAGUUAUGGAGACACAUCAGUGUGACACCUGUGGGAAGAGCCUUUCCUCAUCCAGUAGCCUCAAGCAGCACAUGAUGAUCCACACAGGAGAGAAGCCCUACAGCUGUGACCACUGUAGCUAUAGUUGUACAACAAAAUGCCACCUGACAAGCCACCUGCGUAUUCACACAGGAGAGAAGCCCUACAGCUGUGACCUCUGUGGUCAAUCCUUUAGCCGUGCUUCCAGUUUCAGAGAUCACAGCAGGAUCCACACUGGAGAGAAGCCCUACAGCUGUGACCUCUGUGGUCAAUCCUUUAACCGUGCUUCCAGUUUCAGAGUUCACAGCAGGAUCCACACUGGAGAGAAGCCCUACAGCUGUGACCUCUGUGGUAAAACCUUUAGCCAGGCUGGUAAUCUCAGCCUUCACCACAAGAUCCACACCGGAGAGAAGCCCUACAGCUGUGAGUGCUGUGGUAAAACCUUCAGCCGAGCUUGCACUUUCAGAGUUCACCUCACAAGGAAACACACUGGGGAGAAGCCUUACUUCUGUGACUGCUGCAAUAAAUUCUUCUCUACUUCUAGUGAAUUGAAGAAGCACAGCAGAAUCCACACAGUAGAGAAGCCCUACAGCUGCCCACACUGUGACUAUUCAAGUAAAACAAAUGACCAUCUAAAGAGGCACCUGCGUAUCCACAAUAAAAAACAAACCAAAGCAGUGAUGUCUGGGGCCAAGCUGUCCCAGCAGUCACCACCUGAGAGAAGGUCUGUAUGACCCACAGCUGGAAGAGCUAUAUGACUGAUAUGCAGAAUUUCUGUGAGAGGCUUCUCUCCUUUUCAGGUCAAGAGGUCAUGUUGUGGAUCUCCCAGGGUCUAGCUUGUUCAGACUGACGAGUCAGUGAGGAGAAACUAUGCUGGAAAAGGCUUCAAUGAGUUACGAUGCUGUCAGGUAUAACCUUUCAAGAAUACAAACAUGCAGACCGCAUGCUGUGCCAUGUGAGGAAAUAUAGUAAGGAAAUUAUAUUUGAACUUGUCUACUUCAUUGUAUAAAGGCUGUUUGUAAUCCAUGGCCUCACUCAUCUGACCACUCUGCCUUGGACUGGUUAAAUUAUUCCAGCUCGUUCUAAUAAACCAAGUCAACUCUUUUUAA